AUGACCGUCGUGCGGCAUGACAACUCGGCUCACAUGAGCGCAACACUGCGACUCUUGAGAAACUUGCGUGAUUUAAUCAGCAAGAAGAAAGCCAUCGUUCUAGACGGCAAAAAUCUCGACAUUGCUUCUAUUGUCGCUGUGGCCCGUCAUGGAGUUGAGCCCACUAUCAGUCCAGAUGAGCGGCUAACCAAGCACCUCGAGGCCUCCGUCAAUACCCUGGCUGACCUCAUAUCUCGGAAAUGCGUUAUCUACGGCGUCAACACCGGCUUCGGUGGUAGUGCCGACACGAGGACCAGCGACCUGAUCGACCUGCAGACGCAUCUGCUUCAAUUUAUCCAAAGCGGAAUAAUCACUUCCGUAGACAAGGAUCCGCUGAGAAAUUCGGGCCGGGAGUCGUCGCAUAUAAUGCCUCUAUCCUGGGUUCGAGCCGCCAUUAUUGCCCGAGUCAACCAGAAUCUUAGGGGCCACAGCGCCAUCCGUCCAUAUCUAAUGCCCAUGGCAUAUAUCGCGGGCGCAAUAAUGGGAAAUCCAGACGUUUUUGUUCAGGUUGGUAGUGGUGCAGAAGCUAGAGUUAUGCCCUCCUCGGAAGCGUUGAAGACGAGUGGACUCUCUGCGUCAGGACUGGGUCCAAAAGAGGGCCUUGGGCUAAUAAACGGCACUGCUCCUUCUGUAGCUGUGGCAAGCCUGGCAUUGUAUGACACGCAGCAGCUUGCGUUGCUAUCUCAAAUAUUGACGGCAUUCACUUCUGAAUGCUUGUCCGGGAAUGUAGAGUGGGCUCUACCCUUCAUUCACGCGACGAGACCUCACACUGGGCAAAUUGAGGUGGCAAGCAAUAUCCGACGUUUCUUGAAAGGCUCUAAGUUUGUUGUUGGCUUAGAUGAACAGGAAAAAAUUAAAGAUGGACUCUGUCAAGAUCGGUAUUCGACAAGAACCGCUCCCCAGUGGAUCGGACCUUACCUUGAGGAUCUUCUCCAAGCGCAACGUCAGCUUGAAGUGGAGCUCAACUCGACUUCAGAUAACCCUCUAGUGGAUACAAGCAGGCAAGGCGAUGGUUCUAGCGGGAAAGUGUACUCUGGCGGGAAUUUCCAAGCAACGGUUGUCACAUCAGCUAUGGAAAAGUCUCUUUUGGCUAUCCAAAUGAUAGGACGAAUGCUUUGGUCCCAGGUCACUGAGAUGGUCAAUCCUGCUACAAACAAUGGACUCGAAGCCAACCUCAAUGCUUCUGCAGAAGUCAAUUUCACCAUGAAGGGAAUCGACAUCAACAUGUCAGCGUACAUGUCGGAAUUAGCAGCUCUAACACACCCGGUGUCUGCCCAUGUCAUGUCAGCCGAAAUGCACAACCAGGGUAUCAAUUCACUAGCUCUACUUUCGGCCCGACGCACUAUGGAGGCUGUCGAUCUAUUGGUGCACAUGAGUGCCUGUCACAUCUACGUCUCGUGCCAAGCAAUCGAGAUCCGCGCAAACCACGUCCGAUUCAUUUCGGAUCUCCAAGUCAAUAUGCAGGAACUCAUCACGACCGGAACAUUCGAUAGACUUGGAUUAAAUGGCAUUGAAAUAGAGACAUUGUACGCCUCACUGAUCUCCACUAUCCAGUCAAGCUGGUCUCGCACAAACUCCAAUACCUGGCAAGAACGCGUUUUGUCCGGAAUCGAGGCCGGCAUGUCGUUGGUCAACGAUUUUGUGGCCGAUCAUAAUCCCGACUGUUCUGUGUCAAUGAUCAGGGCCUUUAAGAACCAAUUCCAGAGCAUUGUGUGUAGCACAGCCGAGGUAGUAUUUCAUACCGAUCGGACUAUUCUUCCCGAGAAACUGAUCCCGCAGCUUGGUUUGGGGACCUCGCAGCUUUAUAUCUGGGUGCGGUCAAAGCUCAAUAUCCCUGUGAACCGUGGCCUCCAAGACGAUCCUUUAUAUAAUGCUCAAAGGGGUCUACCUACGGUGGACAAAGCGAGCAUCGGAAGUUCAGUAAGCAUAAUAUAUGAGAAUUUGCUGAAGCCUGGAGCUCUGGAUAUGAUCCUUGAGGGUUCAAUGCAAGAAAGAAAAUACAUAGUAGGCAUAUAG